ACGAUCAGUCCUGAUGCUUGAAGGAAUGCAGGUGGCGUCGAGAAAGUUUCCCUGCUCCUCUGGCUGAAAAGGCAAUUUGUGCUUGUCAGUAACUCCGUUCAACCGAAAUUAACGCUUAGGAACAUGACUGGAACAGAUCUGGCAGUUUCUAAGGUUGUCGUGCAUCCGCUGGUGCUACUUAGCGUUGUCGAUCAUUUCAAUCGCAUGGGAAAGAUCGGUCAUCAGGACAGAGUUGUCGGCAUCCUUCUCGGCUCAUGGAAAGAAAAAGGUGUCUUGGACGUAUCGAACAGCUUCGCUGUUCCUUUUGAUGAAGAUGAAAAAGACAAGAGUGUAUGGUUUUUGGACCAUGACUACCUCGAACACAUGUAUUCCAUGUUCAAGAAAGUGAAUGCACGGGAACGCAUUGUUGGCUGGUACCACACUGGGCCUAACCUUCAUCCAAGCGACAUCCCCAUCAACGAGCUUGUUCGAAGAUACUGUAGCACCUCUGUGCUUGUCAUUAUUGAUGCUCAGCUACUUUCUAUUGGCCUGCCAACAGAGGCUUACAUAGCCGUUGAGGAAGUGCACGAUGAUGGCACACCAACAACCAAAACCUUUGAACACGUCUCUAGUGAAAUUGGAGCUGAAGAAGCCGAAGAAGUUGGAGUAGAGCAUUUGCUGCGGGAUAUCAAGGACACUACUUUGGGCACACUCUCCCAGAGGAUAACCAACCAGCUCAUGGGACUGAAGGGGCUUCAGGGUCAGGUGCACCAUAUACGAGAGUACCUCGAGCAGGUAGUGGUGGGCAAGCUGCCAGUGAACCACACCAUCAUCUACCAGCUGCAGGACAUCUUCAACCUGCUUCCCGACGUUGGGCUCCAGGAGUUUGUCAAGUCGCUGUACAUCAAGACCAAUGACCAGAUGCUGGUGGUGUAUCUGGCGUCGCUGGUGCGCUCGGUAGUGGCAUUGCACAAUCUGAUCAACAACAAAAUCACCAACCGGGAUGCAGAGAAGAAAGAGUCCAGUUCAGCCAAGAAGGAGGAGCCCAAGGACAAGAAAAAAGAAGUGAAAGGAUGAGCGUGUGGUACCCGUGCUGCCAUCCUUUUCUAUGCUAACCUUAUAAAGGAAAGACGUUGCUACCUGUGCGACUCAUUGGCUGCAGCAAUUUGGGACGUUAGGGUGCAUCUGGCAGAUGACCCUGGGUUGGCGCUUUAAGGAAAUGUUUUGCCGAGUUCCUGUACUGGGCUAGCAGAGCGGGAUAGACCGAUGGCCGGCAUCCUUUCUUAAAAAAAGUUAGUAAAAGCAUUAUUAACUGUUUAGUUUUUGUUUGGCUUUGUUUCUUUGGUUUGAAAAUCUGCCUUUUUGUGGUAGGCACACUGAGUCUGGCAAACACUUGUUUUUCCUAAUUACAAAGGAAUGUUUUAAUAAAUAAAGUUGGCAAACCUAUGCA